UCAUCUCUCGCCUACUCCGCGGGCCGCCCUGCUUCUGUGCUCCUUCUCUCUCCUACUUCUGCCGCCAUCAAGGACGCGCUGUCAGUUGCGUCGAGCCCACAUAUCCCAAUCACUGUCUGGGCCUGUGCCCACCGUCGCCCAAGAUGACAAGCUUCUCUACCAUGUCGCUGUAUGCGUUGACCAUACAGCGACCCACUGCAACGCAACAGGCCAUGGUCGGCGACUUCCUGGGCGGCGGGAAGCAGCACAUUCUCACUGCUAGCGGAUCCCGUCUCGCAAUUCUGGAAGUCUCGCGCAAGGCCAACGGCGGUCUGACGGAGAUAUUUUCUCAGGAUGUCUUCGGCAUCAUUCGUGCCAUCGAUAAGUUCCGGCUCGCCGGCGGAAGCAAAGAUUUCAUUGCCAUAUCUACCGACUCUGGUCGGCUUGUGACCUUCGAGUACCUGCCUGCUGAGCGCAAGUUGAAGACGAUCCACUAUGAAACUUUCGGCAAGUCUGGAAUCCGACGUGCAAUACCGGGCCAGUACCUUGCGGCAGACCCAAAAGGCAGAGCCAUUUUGAUGGCGGCAAUUGAGAAAGACAAGCUCGUUUGGACCCUCAGCCGGACUGGCCAGACUGACGUCUCCAUCUCCAUCUCAUCACCCUUGGGUGUGCACCGUCCCCAAACCCUGGUGUACUACGCUCUUGGCAUGGACGUUGGAUACGAGAACCCUAUAUUUGCUCUUCUUGAAGUAGAUUACUCGGAGUCGGAUGCAGAUGCUAGUGGAGAGGCAUAUCAAGAAGUCAAGAAGGAGUUGAGCUAUUAUGAGCUAGACCUAGGCCUGAAUCACGUCGUUCACCGGGGACGCACUACAGUCGACCGGACAUCCAACAUUCUCUUCCGCGUACCAGGAGGAAAUGACCUCCCAAGCGGAGUUCUUUGCUGUGGAGAGGACAACAUCACGUAUUACCAUGUUUAUGAACACAAGGUUCUCCGAUUAGCUAUUCCUCGCCGAGAAGGUGCAACCGAGGACCCCAAUCGCAAACGAUAUAUUGUAGCGGGAACUCUGUAUACGCUUAAGGGAGGCAACUUCUUCUAUCUGCUCCAGUCUGAAGACGGCGAUGUCUUCAAGGUUACCUUCGAUAUCAAGAAUGGCAAGGUAGAACGCCUUAACAUAUGGUACUUUGACACAAUCCCUGUCGCCUCAAGCAUAUGCCUUCUGAGAGCUGGCUUUGUUUACUGUGCCUCCGAAGCCGGGGAUCGACUUCUUUAUGAACUUGAGACGCUUGGGGAUGACCAUAGUGAGCUUGUUUUUUCUAGCGACCAAUUCCCAUCUGAUCCGACCGCAUCCUACGCCCCACCAUUUUUCCACCUAAGGGGGCUUCAGAAUCUCAAUCCGGUCGAAAAGAUCCCAAAUAUGAGCCCCGUUAUGGAUAUGGAAGUUGCCAAUCUGAGUAUGGAAGACGCGCCUCAAAUCUACACCGUUUCUGGGACCGGUGCACGAAGCACUUUCCGAACCACCAGGAAUGCACUGGAUGUUCUUGAGCUUGUAGACUCCCAACUUCCGCAACGUGCUACCUCUGUCUGGACUGCCAAGUUGAGGGCUGAUGAUGAGCACGACACAUAUAUUGUUCUCUCCCUGGUUAAUCACACACUUGUUCUUAGGAUUGGUGAUGAUGUCGAGGAGGCUCCACAUAGCGGCCUUUUAGCUGAGACAACAACUCUUGGCAUUCAACAAUUCGGAGAGGAUUGCAUUAUUCAAAUACAUCCAAAAGGCAUCCGGCACAUCCGUACUAUUCCAUAUGAUGAAGAAGACCCAGCAAAACCAAUGUACGGGCAAAUCACAGACUGGAAAACCCCAGCACACCGUUCCAUCGUCGCUUGCGCUGCAAAUAACCGACAGGUUUGCAUCGCCCUUAGCUCGGGAGAGAUUUACUAUUUUGCGUGUGACUAUGAUUCAAGUCUCGCACAGGCAGAGGAUGAAGCCAUGUUAGAGCACACAAUUCAUUGUCUUGCAAUGCCAGACGUACCCGAAGGCCGCCAAGGGAGUGACUUCCUGGCCGUUGGUUGUGGCGACAAGACAUUUCGUAUCUUCAAUCUUAACCCGAGGGACCAGGACCAUCGCAUAUUGGGUCAGACGGGGCUCAUGGGUCUUUCAGCGCUGCCCCACUCGAUCGCAUUUCACGCCAUGCGGGAUCAAUCUCCGGCAGGGUACAGCCUGUAUGCCCACGUCGGCCUCCAUUCCGGUAUCUAUGUUCGAGCUCUAGUUGAUGAGUUCUCUGGAACUCUGAGUGGUUUCCGAAGACGCUUCCUCGGCCCAGCCCCAGUCAAGUUCGCACGGGUGAGCGUAGGCGGCGAACCCGCAAUUCUUGCCUUGACGACGAGACCUUGGUUAGCCUACACACAUCCAGUCAACAACACGCUCGCUUUGACUCCAUUAAAUUACAUGUCCAUUGAAGCUGCUUGGAGUUUUGAGAGUGCAUCAUUCAAAGGCAUUAUCUGCGUCCGCGGCGAAGACUUGAGAAUCGUUACUUUGGACGACGUUGACCUUUCUACCAACCUCUGCUACGACUCCAUACCACUUCAAUAUACCCCACGGAAGCUCAUUGGCAAUCACGAGCAGCAGGUUUAUUACGUUAUUGAGAGCGACAACAACACACUGGAUACUGCUACAUGUAGGAUGCUCAAAAAAGAUGAGGAUAGUGUGAAAACAAAGAGUGAAGACAAGCCUAUGGCGACAUCCGAAGAAGAUGGCCUGACGAAUGGCGAAUUGGCGAAUGGUGAAGGGGAGACUGAAGAGUUGGCAGCCAUCGAUUUUGGUCUACCGAAAGUAAAUGGCCGUUGGGCGUCAUGCAUUCAAGUUGUCGACCCGGUCACUGAAAAAGCCGUCGUCCAUACCGUGGAGUUGCAGGAGAAUCAAUGUGCCGUCAGCGCUGCAUUGGUUGCAUUCGAGAGCAAAGGCAACCAGCUCUUUUUGGCUGUUGGUGUGGCCCAGGACUUGAAAUUCACGCCGUACAGUUUCAAGAAGGCUUAUAUUCAUCUGUAUCAAGUAUCUCCAGAUGGCCGAAAACUCACCUUCUACCACGAUACGGAAGUCACCGCGACACCACUCGCUUUACUCGCUUUCAAGGGUAAGCUUGUGGCUGGUUUAGGCAAUGACUUGGUCCUGUUUGACUGCGGUAUUAAGCACCUACUCCGCAAGGCUCAGGCAUCGAACUGUACUGGCACCCGUAUCACCGACCUAAAGACACAAGGAAGCCGCAUUGUAGUUGCUGAUCAAUCCCAAUCAGUCACAUAUGUUGUCCACAAGGAUCUGGUGCAUCCAAACCGCCUCAUCCCUUUCGCCGACGACACUGUUCCUCGAUGGACGACAUCCGUCGAAAUGGCCGACUACGACACCACAGUAGGGGGGGACAAAUUCGGCAAUAUCUGGAUCGUCCGCUGUCCCGAGAAAGUGUCCCAAGCUUCAGAUGAGUCAGAAGAUGGCCAGCACCUCAUCCAAGACAAAUCGUACCUUGGUGGCGCACCCAACCGCCUCGACCUCUGCGCCCACUACUUCACAAACGACAUUCCAACGGCUAUCCAGAAAACCAACCUCAUCGCCGGCGGCGACCGCAUCAUCUUCUGGGCCGGUCUGCAAGGUACCCUUGGCGUCUUCGUACCGUUCGAAUCCCGGCGCGAUUUCAAAAUGUUCCAGCAAUUGGAGUUGCUUCUCCGACAUGAGGAAAAGCCGAUUGCAGGCAGAGAUCAUCUUGCAUACCGCAGCUACUACUCGCCUAUAAAGAACAUGAUCGAUGGAGAUCUAGUGGAGCGAUUCCUAACAGCGAGUACGGAUGAGAAGGCGAGUUGGGCUGCGCAGUUGGAUGGCGCGUGGGAUGCUUCGAGCGUUGAGGAUAAGAUUUGGACCAUGAGGCUUAACUUUGCGUUUUGAGGUAUAUGCGAUAUCUACCCAUUUCCCGUGUUCGUCUGUCUGUCUGUCUGCCUGCUGCCUGCGGCCUGCAGCCUACUGUCUGCUGCCUGCUGCCUCCUGUCUGCUGUCUGCUGCCUGCCUGCUGCACUGCUGUGUGUUGUGCAUAGGGUGUCUGUAUCAAGGGAGUACUUUGCUUUGCUUGGCCGGGAAACGUAGCGAGCUAAUCAUUGGGACGCUGGAAUCUGUAUAUUAUUGACGAUGGUGGAUGAAAGGAGUCUCUACGACUAGUAUGAGGGAUACCGGUGUCUGGCGAAAAUGGGAUUGAUGGUUUGGAGACCGUAAGUAGUGGAGCUUCUGUAGCUGG